AUGCGUCAGGUCUUGACUUCUCCGGAUGGCGGAUAUUAUACCACCCGCGGGGAGGGUGGCGGUGUGUUCGGCAAGCAUGGUGAUUUCGUUACAUCGCCCGAGAUCUCGCAGGUCUUCGGAGAAUUGAUUGGAGUAUGGACAGUGGCGGAGUGGAUGGCGCAAGGCCGCGCAAAGAGUGGUGUGCAGCUGAUGGAGGUCGGCCCGGGGAAGGGAACAUUAAUGGAUGAUAUGCUGCGGACUUUCCGAAACUUCAAGAUGUUCUCUUCGAGUGUUGAGGCUAUCUUUCUUGUGGAAGCUAGCGGAACUCUCCGAGAAGUGCAGAAGCGGUUGCUCUGUGGUGAGGAGGCUGUGAUGGAAGAGACCGAUAUUGGGCAUCGAAGUGUGUGCAAGUACUUCGAUGUACCCGUUAUUUGGGUGGAGGAUAUUCGUCUUCUACCGCAAGAGGAAGGCAAGACACCCUUCAUCUUCGCACAUGAGUUCUUCGACGCACUUCCAAUCCACGCAUUCGAAUCUGUCCCACCAUCUCCAGAAAACCAGCCUGACGAGCCACGCAAGAUCAUGACCCCUACUGGCCCAAUUGAACUACAGUCUCCGCCCAAGCCGGCCAACGUCCCGCAAUGGCGUGAGCUAAUGGUCACAUUAAAUCCAAAAGCUGUCGAAGAAAACAUCCCAGGCGAGCCCGAGUUCAAACUGACUAAAGCUAAAGCCUCAACGCCGUCAUCGCUAGUGAUCCCGGAAAUCUCUCAGCGUUACCGGGCCCUCAAGUCGCAGCCGGGCUCGACCAUCGAGAUCAGCCCCGAGAGCCGAAUUUACGCUGCAGACUUUGCGCGCCGCAUCGGUGGCGAUUCUUCUUCUGCACCAGCCGCGAGGAAACCCUCUCCUUCUAGCGCACAUUCCCCCUCGCAGAAGAAGACCCCAUCUGGGGCAGCUUUGAUCAUGGACUACGGCACACUGUCAACCAUCCCUGUGAAUUCGCUGCGCGGAAUCAAAAGCCACGAGAAAGUGGCACCCCUCUCAGAACCCGGGCGAGUGGAUGUCAGUGCGGAUGUGGACUUUACUUCGCUAGCAGAAGCAGCGAUCGAAGGUAGCGACGGUGUGGAGGUUCAUGGUCCUGUUGAACAGGGCGACUUCCUCGGGGCCAUGGGUAUUGAGGAGCGCAUGAGGCAGCUUCUCCGUAAAGUGCAAGAUGAAGAGCACAGAAAGACCCUAGAGACUGGCUGGAAGAGGUUGGUUGAAAAGGGCGGCGGAUCAAUGGGAUCGAUCUAUAAGGUCAUGGCCAUUGUACCCGAGAACGGAGGUAAGAGACGACCUGUUGGUUUUGGCGGGGGCAUUCAGAUGUAG